GCUUGGGAUCAUUUGAUAGUAGAUAUCGAGUCCUUGUUUACUUUUUGUCUUGUCUACUUCGAUGAGAGUUUCCAUUAAUUCACUGAUUAUCAAUACUUUUGAGAAUUUAUAGCUGUGAAAAAAUGUCAUUCUGGCCUGGCAAAGGUCUUUUUUCAAUCCGAAACAAGCGACUUCAGCGUGUUCGGGUUGUUUGGCGGCCGCCUCAAAAUUAUAACAAUGAUGAAAGUGCUGAACACAAUGAAGAGCAACCUAAAAAAGGAUCCGCAUUAAAUGAAACUCAUAGUAAGGGUUUGAAACAAAAAAGCACAGAAAGUCAAGAAAAAUCUGGUAAAAAGGGUGAUGGUGAUUCUAAGAAGACAUCAAAAUACGAGAAAGUCAAUAAUCGUGGUAAAAAAAGGAGAAAUGUUAAACCUGUAAGUGACCAGUCAAGUAAUUCUGAUGGCUCAGAAGGUUUAAAUUGUAAAUCAGGUGAUGGCGGGAAUGGGGAUGAUGAUGAAACAGUCGAUGAAAGAGGUUUAAGUGAGACCAGCAAUGAUGCUCCUGUCGUCAAAAAGAAAUCCCGAAAGAAAAGAUCAAAUCGUCGAUCAAAGAAAUCUGUUGUUAUUGAUAUUGUAAAGAAAGAUGACCAAGAUACCAAAUUGAAAAAUAACAAGUAUCAUGAUGUUGGCAGCAAUGAAGAACAAUUCAAAAGAUUGGAAAAUAAUUGGGAAGAUGCUGGUGACAGUGGUGGACGAAUCUCACGUUGUUCAUCCUCUUCAUCAUUAUCAUCUUCAUGUUCAAACCAUUCAUUGAUUAAGCAUUAUACCAAUAUAAUGAUGAACUGUUGUGAUGAUCAAUUUGAUGAGGAUUGUAAUGUUGUCAAAAACAAAAUUGAUCGUAUACUGAAAAGUCAAUGGAAAGACAGGUUGAAUCGUUCAAAAGAGAAAACUUCUGGUACCACAGAAUCUCAUAGCCCAACACCGCAAACUUCUCUAAAACACACGUCCACAUUUAAAUUGAGACCAGCUCGAUUACCUUUGAAUAAGAAGACAUGGUCCAAGCUAAAGAAAUCAAAUCAAAAUACAGAUUGGCUUUUCAACAAUGAUACCUAAAUGGUUUGCAAUGAAAUUUUCACACCAAGGGGGCUAUUCAAUGUGUAAUACUUCACACAAAAAUCCAAUGGAUGUAAAAAUAACAUUUAUAUUGUUGACUAUUAACCAAACGAAUCUCGCAAUUUAACCAAAUCUGCAAGAUCCUGAAAAUUUAAAAUGUUGUCGGGAGUUGGGAGAUUUUAAUGCAAUUUCAUAAUCAAAAGUAACAAUUUCAUCUCUUAUGUUUUAUUUCAGUUUUAACUCUUUAUAGUCUUUUCAAAGAUUAGUUUUAAUCUUUAAUUAAGAAUAAGCAUUUCUUAUAACAAUCAUUCAUUGAUUUAAAUUCUUCGUCAAUUGACUUACCCUAAUGGGUAUAAAAAAAUCUUCAUCAACUAUUGUAUGUUAACAUUCUUCUAAAUCAGUAUAAAUUAAAAUAAAGACUCAUUGUUAGCAUAACCAAGCGCUACAAUGAAACAAAAUAAAUUCAAAA